AUAUCUUAAAUCGUGAUCACAAUUCACUUAUCAGUAUAAGAUAUCACAAAUCCCAACUCUUAUUAUUUAUUGACUAAAGUAUGGGAAUUGCGAAUACUAUUCGCCGAAUAGAAUACUAGCAUUGUUGCAUACUUGCUGCAGUUUAUACUCACUAGUCACUUUGAAUAGUUGGAAGGAGCGCUGCCCAAUUACUGUAUUACUAGUCUAAACUACGUAUUGAUGUAGUCUACGUUCUUCGUUGUAGAUUAGAUGUACUGUAAGACUUCAUCGUCCUCAAUAGUUUAUAAUUAUAUUUCUAUAGCUUUCGAAGUGCAUUAAACAAAAAAAAAAAUAAACUUUAUUUCGCGCCAUGACUUUAAAAUUAAUUUUUGUUAUUAAAUAUUCACAUACUUUGUCUGUUGUUACUGCUUUUUAAAAACAUAGUGUUAUAAUGGAAUCUGUAGUUAGUUGGAAUCCGCGAGAAGUGUCCAUUUGGCUGGAGAAAAAGGGUCAUAGUAAAUAUUCUCGAAUACUUACUGAAGAUCAUUGCAUUGAUGGCCGUGCUCUUUUACUCAUUAAUGAAGCUGACUUAAAAAGUCCACCUAUAAGUAUUAAUGUCUUAGGUGAUAUAAAAAGAUUAAUGUUGGAUAUUCGUCAGUUAAAAGUAGAAAAUCGACAGACACUUUUGCAACUUGGAUUUGAUCCUAUAUCGCUACUUACAAAACCUGUAUGUAGUUGCACAUGUUUAUGGAACUCAAUUCCGACCAGAUCCAUUUAAUUUUUAUGUUGAUUUUC